AUGGCGGCCAACGAUCAGCAAUCCGACAUGCUGGAAGCGCUGCAAGAAAUUCAGCGCACUCAGGCCCUGCUCGUGAAUGCGGUCGAGUCACUCUCUGGUAGAUCGAUCGACGAAGCUACUGGAGAUCAUGCCAAGAACAACAGUGGUGAUCUGGGUUCUGGUGAGGAUGCCAAUGACGGUGAAACACCUUCAGUAGAACUUCCUAUUGCUUCCGGAGACAAAUUGAAAGCCCCCGCGCCUCCUUCCACUGCCCAGCGCCAGCAAGGUCUCACUUCGCGCAUCAUCUUAACUGGUGGUUCUUACUCGAUUUACUAUGCGCUUGCAGUCGCCAGCAAGGAGCUGGACAGCGACCACCGACCCGACUUCACCAACACCGAGCCCGCCGCCAACAUUGGCCCCUUUCCUCAAUGGGGAGACCACAAGAAGAUUGUCGCGAUGGACCCUUGGGGACAUCUUGCACCUUGGCUGUUCAAGGACACGAUUGAGAAGGACAAUGUCGACAUUCGACCGACAAUCGCAAUCACCAAGGCUCAUAUGAAGCUGCCAGAACUCGCAGAGAGUGUCAAAGCUGGGCGACUGGUGCCUGAUGGUAAAGUGUGCUUGAACGAUCAGGGUGAAUUGGCUGUCACCAAGUUUGCGGUCGAGCCGGUCUGGUAUCUGCCUGGUGUAGCAGAACGAUUUGGCAUCGAUGAGGCCACCCUUCGACGUUCGCUGUUUGAGCACACUGGUGGAAGUUACCCAGAGCUCAUUACUCGUGGAGACAUUAAGGUCUUCCUCCCACCUAUCGGUGGUCUCACCGUGUACUGUUUCGGAGACCCUGCAAAGAUGUCGGACGAGUCGGCGAAACUGUCUCUGCGAAUUCACGACGAGUGCAACGGUAGCGACGUAUUCGGAUCUGAUAUCUGCACUUGCCGACCGUACCUGAUCUUCGGUAUCGAGGAAGCGGUUAAAGAGGCACAGAACGGUGGCAGCGGUGUUGUCAUCUACUUCAGAAAGGAAGGACGAGCUCUGGGAGAGGUCACCAAGGUAAUGGUCUACAACGCCCGUAAACGAGGAGCUGAUCGCGCGUCCGACUACUUCAAGAGGACCGAGAACAUUGCUGGCGUCAAAGACAUGCGAUUCCAGGCUCUCAUGCCGGAUAUCCUGCACUGGCUGGGCAUCAAGAAGAUUGACAGGAUGCUUAGUAUGAGCAACAUGAAGCAUGAUGCGAUUGUCGGACAAGGAAUCCCGAUUCACGAGCGAGUCGAGCUCCCUGAAGAGCUUAUUCCAGCCGAUUCGAGAGUCGAGAUUGACGCGAAGAUCACUGCAGGUUACUUCACCACUGGUAAACGUAUGACGACCGAAGAACUGCAGGCGGUCCAAGGAAGAAUAUGGGAAGAGUGA